AACCGACCGAACGCAGUCCUGGAGGAGACAGGGGUGAGAGCAGGAGUGUUUGGGCGGUAACGAAAAGAAAAGUGGCUUUUAUACGUUUCAAAAAACAACAACUUGUGAGACUCGACUUGAUGCUCCGCAACGUCGAGGGAUUUUUUUUUUUUUUUUUUUAAUGCGGAAUAUGCGCUAAAACCGCCUGUGGAUGCCAUGAAAAGUGUUGGAGCGGACUUCAUUUAAAAUAAGGAGAGUGUAAUAUUUUUCUUUUUAAUCAUUUCUACAUUUUUUGGGAUCGUCUGAAGAGAGGAGAAGUUUUGGCGCACUGUGUUCACAUAUCCGCAGAACCGGACCUUGUCUCAAAUCUCCACUCGUGGAUGUUAAUGAAGUGCUAGUGAGGCCCCUGGCGAGAGGUUCGGACACCGGUGCGGCUCAGGGGCCUCUCUGCGCACCGCACCGAGGCUGCAGACCUCCUGGGAACCGCUUUAAACCGCUCCAAAUCUUCUCUCCCUGCCACCAAAGAGUGUUUUUGUCUCCUCUCGGCUGGUGUGGACUUUUUGCAGCCACAAAAACUGAUCAUGCGAUGACUGAGUGCGCUUUGGAUACAUCUACCCAGUCCAAUUCAGGAGGUGAAUGAUGGCCGAGGAUGGGGAAAACAUCUCCGGAACCCCUGACUCCAGGGGCUCGGAGGGCCGCUCCUCUGUGCCGAGGACUUUCAUCCGGCUUAACGACCUUUCCGGGGACCGGAUUGGAGCUACUGUGGAGCGGAGUGAGGUGAUGGUGGAAACGGCGUCCCCGGCAUCUCCGGCAUCUCCGGCAUCUCCGGCAUCUCCGGCCCCAGAUGGGACCUCUUUAGUCGGGGAUGAAGAGUCAGCUUCCGGCGAGGAAAGCCUGCCUUACCCCACCAUGGCCCCGGUGGUCUUCUUCUACAUGAAGCAGACCACCCGUCCUAGGAGCUGGUGUCUCAAGAUGGUGUCUAAUCCAUGGUUUGAGCGAGCCUCCAUGUUGGUGAUCCUGCUGAACUGUGUAACCUUGGGAAUGUUUCAUCCCUGUGAGGACAUCGACUGCAAAUCGGAGAGAUGCAAAAUAUUACAGGAUUUUGAUGACUUUAUCUUUGCAUUUUUUGCCAUUGAGAUGGUGAUCAAGAUGGUGGCUCUGGGGAUUUUUGGCAAGAAAUGUUACCUUGGAGACACAUGGAACCGAUUGGAUUUCUUUAUCGUGUUGGCUGGGAUGUUGGAGUAUUCCCUCAACCUUCAGAAUGUCAGCUUCUCCGCAGUGAGGACAGUACGUGUCUUGCGGCCGCUAAGAGCUAUCAACAGAGUGCCAAGUAUGCGUAUCCUGGUAACCCUGCUGCUGGACACUCUGCCCAUGCUGGGCAACGUGCUGCUGCUUUGCUUCUUUGUCUUCUUCAUAUUUGGUAUCGUGGGAGUCCAGCUGUGGGCCGGCCUGCUCAGAAAUCGCUGCUUUGUGGAGGAUAACUUCUCUUUUCCUCUGUCUGCGGAGCUUGAGAAAUACUACCACACUGAAAAUGACGAUGAGAACCCUUUCAUCUGCUCUCAGCCCCGAGAGAACGGCAUGAGGGACUGCGGCUCAGUGCCCAAGCUCUAUGACGAGGCGGGCCUGCAAUGCAAUCUUGACUUGUACUCGUACAACAAUACCGAUAACACCACCUGUGUCAAUUGGAACCAGUACUACACCAACUGCUCUGCGGGUCUGGUUAACCCCUUCAAAGGGGCCAUCAACUUUGACAACAUCUGCUAUGCCUGGAUUGCCAUUUUUCAGGUGAUCACUCUGGAGGGCUGGGUGGAUAUCAUGUAUUUCGUGAUGGAUGCUCACUCCUUCUACAACUUCAUCUACUUCAUCCUACUCAUUAUCAUCGGCUCAUUCUUCAUGAUCAACCUAUGCCUGGUCGUCAUUGCCACUCAGUUCUCUGAAACAAAGCAGAGAGAGAGCCAGCUGAUGAAGGAGCAGAGAGUGCGCUUCAUGUCUAGUGCCAGCACCUUGGCUUCCCUCUCCGAGCCGGGGUCCUGCUAUGACGAGCUACUCAAGUACCUUGUUCACAUCAUACGGAAGGGGGCAAGGGAGGUGGCCCACAUCUGCAGGUUCUUAGCUCGUCGUGCAGGGAUCAACAUUGCCGCCUCUCCGCCUCCAGUAGAACCCCAGCAACGGCAAAGCCAGAGGAGAAGGAGGAAAUCUUCCAAGCAGGGAUCCUUUUCAGUUCAACACAUGGUGCACCCUCACUACCACUACCAUCUUGGCAAUGGCAGUGUGAAAGCUAAUAUCCGGUGUCUUGAAGGUAGAGAUAUGGAGGCGUCUUCUCAUAACAAUAAUGGAGGUGCGGUCGCUUUAGCUGUGCCACUACCUUCAGCAACAUCAGCCUUGUCUGACACAAAUCUGGUGGGAUUUGGUGAUUCACACUCAACUCUUGGAGUAUUCCAUCUAGAAACACGUUGCUGUACACCCUCAACUACAAACCUAUGGCAAACCCAGGGCCAGUUCUCUUUGACACCAGCUUCCUCUUCAAGGGCAAUGAAGAGGAACUCUGUGCCCUUUGCUGCCCCUGGUCCUAAGAAUUACCCCACCUUGCAGGCAAGAGCUCUGGCUGAGUCCAGACGAGGAAGUGUCGCAACCAGCCUCAACGUCCCACCAAUAAACCAUGGGAGAAGGCGGCAGAGCUUGGUGGACACUCUCAACCCCUCAGCUGCAGCCCAGCCCUCCUGCCAGCUGUCGGCCCGUGACCUGAGCAUCACCAGCAGCGCCAUGGACACGGCGAUGUUGACAUUGGACCCUGAGAGUUGCCCUUACUGCGCAAAAGCCCUCGCCAACGAGUCCGAAGGCGGUACAGAGGGCAACGAGACACCUGGAGACUCCGACAGCGAGGGCGUCUAUGAGUUCAGCCACGACAUGCGUCGCAGAGACAGGCGAGACAGCCGGCAGCCCAGGAAGAAAGCCUUCCGGCUGGGUAAAACAGCCGGAAAGGUGGUGCACUUCUGGAGGUUGGUGUGCGACACAUUCAGGAAGAUCGUCGAUAGCAAGUACUUCGGACGAGGGAUCAUGAUUGCCAUCCUGAUCAAUACGCUAAGCAUGGGCAUCGAGUAUCACGAGCAGCCUGAUGAACUGACCAAUGCCUUGGAGAUCAGCAACAUUGUGUUCACUAGCCUAUUCUCCCUCGAGAUGCUGUUGAAGGUUUUGGUCUAUGGGCCUUUUGGGUACAUCAAGAACCCCUACAAUAUAUUUGACGGCAUCAUUGUGGUCAUCAGCGUGUGGGAAAUCGUUGGCCAGCAGGGCGGCGGUCUUUCUGUGCUGAGGACUUUCCGACUCAUGCGGGUUCUGAAGCUGGUUCGUUUUAUGCCGGCCCUGCAGAGGCAGCUGGUGGUGCUAAUGAAGACCAUGGACAACGUAGCCACCUUCUGCAUGUUGCUCAUGCUCUUCAUCUUCAUAUUCAGUAUUCUAGGGAUGCAUCUCUUUGGUUGUAAGUUCGGUUCAGAGCGGGAUGGAGACACUCUACCAGAUAGGAAAAACUUUGACUCUCUUCUGUGGGCCAUUGUGACUGUUUUCCAAAUACUAACACAAGAAGACUGGAACAAGGUAUUAUAUAACGGCAUGGCGUCCACAUCCCCUGUCGCAGCUCUCUACUUCAUUGCCCUCAUGACCUUCGGCAACUACGUUCUAUUCAACCUGCUGGUGGCCAUCUUGGUUGAAGGUUUCCAAACCGAGGAAGUGACCAAGCGGGAGGAUUUGCAUGCCCAACCGAGUCUAAUUCAGCUGCCUGUAGACACGGGGGGUGAUUCCUCUAAACCAGGUUCCGAAGUUGAUUCUGUUGCACGGAGUAUGGAGGAUGUUAACAGCAGAGAAUUAUCAGCCUCUGCAGUGCCUGUAAAUGGUCAUGUGGAUCUAAAGACCAGCCUGACUCCUCCUCAAAUUACCCACACAGCAGCCACCCCUAUGCCAAUACCUAAAUUGCCUGUUGGGGGUGACCCCAUCCUGGGCUACGAGUCUCGCCGAAGCAGCAGUGUCUCCAUGGACCCAGGCUCCUGUGACAAGUCAAUGACCAGUGCCCGGAGUGCAUCUCCUUAUGCCCCUUGGAGCACCGGUAGUGGCAGGAACAGCCGCAGAUCCAGCUGGAACAGCUUAGGUCGUGCACCGUCCCUCAAACGCCAGGAGCGGCAAUCAGGGGAGCGGCAGUCACUGCUAUCAGAAGAGGGAGGCUCCAGCUCAGAAGAAGGUGAGGACGCAGGAGAGGGAGGAGGUGGGCUGGAGGAGGAUGACGCUUCCAUAGCCAGGACAGACUCCAUGACACAGUCGCAGAGAGGGCCCCGUCAUCGGAGGAUGGAGUCGAUAGAAACACGCCGCUCCAUGGAUUUACCCCCUGAUGCUCUACUGCAGGUACCCUACCUGUACCGCUCAGACAGCAUGUACAGUUCCAGACCGCCUCUACCGAUUACAUUCCGGCCUGCAGAGCAUAUCGAUUGCAACGGGAAGGGCACACCCUCACUGGUGGGCCCUACACAUGUCUCUUUGGAGGAGAAUACUGAAGAUGAAAAUGCAGAGGAGGAGGCCAAUCUGGGACGUGUUGCUAGAUUGUUUCACUGGCUGGAGAGGAAACAACCUGAGUGGUGUCGACAAAGAGACACCUGGUCGCUCUACCUCUUUCCUCCAGAGUCAAGGUUCCGGGAUGUGUGCAAUAAGAUCAUCCACCACAAGAUGUUCGACCAUGUGGUGUUGGUCAUCAUCUUCCUCAACUGCAUUACGAUUGCCAUGGAGCGUCCUCACAUUGACCCCACGAGUGCUGAGCGGAUCUUCUUAACAUUGUCCAACUACAUCUUCACAGCAAUCUUUGUGACUGAAAUGACUGUAAAGAUUGCGGCUUUGGGUUGGUGCUUUGGAAAUAAGUCGUACCUGAGGAGCAGCUGGAACAUUCUGGAUGGGAUGUUAGUGAUGAUAUCUGUUAUCGACAUCCUGGUUUCUUUCUUCUCCAAUUCUGGUACCAAGAUCCUGGGCAUGCUCAGAGUACUUAGGCUCCUGCGUACCCUGAGGCCACUACGUGUCAUCAGCCGAGCUCCAGGGCUAAAACUGGUCGUUGAGACCCUGAUGUCUUCACUGAAGCCCAUCGGCAACAUCGUGGUCAUCUGCUGCGCCUUCUUCAUAAUAUUUGGCAUCCUAGGAGUACAGCUCUUUAAGGGGAAGUUCUUCGUUUGUCAAGGGGAAGAUGUGAGGAACAUCACCAACCGGUCAGACUGUUUACAAGCCAGCAACAAAUGGGUCAGACACAAGUACAACUUUGACAACCUGGGACAGGCCUUGAUGUCUCUCUUUGUCCUGGCAUCAAAAGACGGUUGGGUGGAUAUUAUGUACGAUGGACUAGAUGCUGUAGGAGUAGAUAAACAGCCAGUGAUGAACUACAAUCCAUGGAUGCUGCUUUACUUCAUCUCCUUCCUUCUGAUCGUGGCCUUCUUUGUGUUGAACAUGUUUGUGGGCGUGGUGGUGGAAAACUUCCACAAGUGUCGGCGCCACCAGGAGGCUGAGGAGGCCAAGCGCAGGGAGGAGAAGAGACUGAAACGCAUGGAGAAAAAGAGACGGAAUUUAAUGGUUCCGGGGGUGAGUUGGGCCCUCUCUGAAGGCACAUUAAAAGAAGCUCAGAGUAAGCCCUACUACUCCGAUUACUCUCCGACCCGUUUGAUUAUCCACAAGCUAUGUACCAGCCACUACCUGGACCUGUUCAUCACCAUCAUCAUAGGGCUCAACGUCGUCACGAUGUCCAUGGAGCACUACCAGCAGCCAAAGGAGCUGGAUGAAGCAUUGAAGAUCUGUAACUACAUCUUUACUCUCAUCUUCGUUCUGGAGUCAGUCUUCAAGCUGGUGGCCUUUGGUUUUCGACGCUUCUUUAAGGACAAGUGGAAUCAGCUGGACCUGGCCAUCGUGCUGCUAUCCAUCAUGGGUAUCACCCUGGAGGAGAUUGAGGUCAAUGCUUCACUGCCCAUUAACCCGACCAUAAUCCGCAUCAUGAGAGUUCUGAGGAUUGCGCGAGUACUUAAGCUUUUGAAGAUGGCGGUGGGAAUGAGAGCCUUACUGGACACCGUUAUGCAAGCCCUGCCACAGGUGGGAAAUCUGGGUCUUCUCUUCAUGCUUCUGUUCUUCAUCUUUGCAGCCCUGGGAGUUGAGCUGUUUGGUGACUUGAUUUGUGAUGAACUCCACCCAUGUGAAGGCCUUGGUCGCUAUGCAACGUUCAAAAACUUUGGGAUGGCGUUUUUGCUGCUCUUCAGAGUUUCAACUGGGGACAACUGGAAUGGUAUCAUGAAGGACACUCUGAGGGACUGUGCACAAGACACCGGGACCUGCUACAAUACCGUUGUCUCUCCCAUCUACUUUGUCUCCUUCGUCUUGACUGCUCAGUUUGUCCUGGUCAACGUUGUCAUUGCUGUCUUGAUGAAGCACCUGGAGGAGAGCAACAAGGAGGCCAAAGAGGAGGCCGAGCUGGAGGCCGAGUUGGAGCUGGAACUGCACAUGGAGGGGGGUGACAUGGCGACCAGGUCGCCCCAGCUUAACCCUCUCACGCUGGGCUUGGACAGGUCAAGUUCUGGGGGUUCCCCCUGGAGGUCCACCGGAGCAGGGGACAUGGGACAGGAUAGGGACUCGCCCACUGUUGAUAUACCCAGAGAACCUGUGAACAUCAUAGAUGAUACUCCUUGCCUGGAGCAGCCUCUGGAGUUUGUCCAGCGAAGAGCCCAGUUUGACUCGGUCUCCCUGGUCAUCCAGGGUUCAAUGGAUGGGGAGUUGAGUUUGAUGGACAACUUGUCUGGCUCUGUGUGCCGCUACUACGCGCUGCCCUCCAAGGCCAGCAAGCCCAACACCGACAAAGAGAUCCCUCUAGCCGAGAUGGACGCUCUCUCUCUGGCCUCUGAGAAAUCCUGGUCCCUAGCUCUGACAGAAGACUCGGUCACUGAUGAUUUUAACUCCCUCUUUCUCAGCAGUCUGGAAUGCAAUACCGAGCAGCUCGACCCUGGGGGAACAAUGGAGGACAACCUGUUGAGUGUCAGGAAACCUGCGGUGGGACGCACACACUCCCUACCCAACGACAGCUACAUGUUCUUCCCGCUGCAGCCUUCUGGCAAGCCGACCGCGGCUUCAGCACAGCUUCUUGCACAGGCACCUCAGCCCCAGCACAUAUUGAGCCCCCAUAGAGCCCACUCAGACUCCAGUGGUUCAGUACAUUCACAACCAGAAGAGUUUUCCCAACGACUGGCCAUCCCCACCGACCUCUUUAGACCCAUCAGCCCUCACAGUCACUCCGACUCUGAAAGCAUACCACGACUACCCCCUUCCAGACACUCACAUACGCUGAGCCGCAAGCUGCGCAGACAGGUCGCAGUGUCUACUGACUCUCAGGAGGCCCUGUGCUCGGAUGGAGAGGGAAGCAGCGAAGGACUUGUGAAUGCGGCUUCUCUUGGCCUCCCUCCACAUCUCUCUGACUCCUCAUCCUCCACCUCCUCACCCUUUCCCUUCCACCAUCACCAGCAAGAGCAGCCUGCGCUCUGUCUGGUCCCGGCCACACCGGGGGCGUCCCCGAAACCUUCGCGCCCCAGCGGCGUGCAGCACCGCCUCGACUCGCCUCCGCCCUUACCGGUGAGGCCGCAGCGACAAAACGAGGCAAACGUGGAUCAGGAAGUGUCCCUUAUUACCGGGGCCGGGUUGACCGGGAGCGAUGACGUCAUCCGGACUGAUGAACUCGGCAGUAGCAGCAGCGUCGGCGCCACAGAGGACUACGAGAACAACGCGCACUGUCAAGAAAGCGAGAGCCCUCGCUUGAGGCCGUUGAAGAGGUUCCACAGCGUUGACACGCAAGGCCGCAGCGUCCUCCUGCCCCGCCUUCGCCCUCACUCCUGGCUGGACGACCCGCGGCGCCACUCGGUGGAGGUCUGCUCCGUGGUGGAGUCCCGCCCCCAAUACAGCACCACGUCCACGUCUUCUGGUUUCGUGUCGCAGGCCGACAGUCUGCAGAUCCGCAGCCAGACUCAGACCUCGCUGCUCUCACCUCGCCGCAAAAAGAAGAUGAGCCCACCUUGCAUCUCCGUGGAUCCGCCUGACGGUUCGGAGCCCUCGUCAGGGUUGCUGCCGCCCUUGCCCGGUCGGGACUCAUGCCUGAGGCGGAGAGCGCCCUCUAGUGACUCGAAGGACUCUUUAGAUCUCGGUGUUGGAGAAGGUUCCGGACAGGACCCCAACGCCAACCCCAUGCUACUGACUCUUCCCAGUUUGUCCUUUGAGAAGACUGAUGGCUGACAAGCGAACACACAAAGACGCACACAAGACCUAAUGUGAUAUUUCAAGUAAUGCUGUAAAGAGUGAGACACCCCCGGCUCCUUUUCCAGGAGCAGUGCUGUAGUAGCGCCACCGUCCUUUGUCUUUGUAUUUUUAAAAACUGCCAAAAAGGGAGACCACACAAGACACACCAGCGUCUCCCCUCCUGCUUACAGCUGCAUGCAAUUGGCUGCAGUCGACCCGGCAACCUCUGGAGUGACAUCACAAAGCGAUGCCACCUUAGAACUUCCGUUGGAGGUACAAAGCAAUAUGAACGUUUUAGAGACACUAUUUUCUUAAAUUAUUAGACAGGAUGUUAGUUAGAUUAUUAGUGUUUGUACAGGAUGUUGUUUUUUUAUGUUUAAUUUUUUUUUUCUUCAUUUUUUCUGAAAGGUUUUGUCUUGUCUUUUUGUUCCACUCUAGGUUAUUUCUAGCUUUCUUGGUUUACUGAGGAAAGUGGACGUUUUACAAAGUGCUGAAGACUAUGUAUUUGUAGGAAUAAUAUAUAUAUAUAUAUAUAUAUAUAUAUAUAUAUAUAUAUAUAUAUAUAUAUAUAUAUAUAUAUAUAUAUAUAUAUAUAACAAGUUAUUAAACGUAGCUUGGAUUUUUAAGCACACUCAUUUAACUCAGUGGUUGAUUGUUACAGUAGAACCGGAAGCCCGAUCCUCACGUGUUACGAAUCGCUACAAACUUUUGUUCAGUGUUUGUAUUUCAUUGCUUCCAUGUUAUUAUACAUAGCUUGGGGAGUAUAGAAUGUUCAAAAGAAAUUGAAUGAAGGGGAUUAUCAAACAAUCCUCGACUUGUGUGACGCUGGAAAUGACACAAAAGCACAUUAUUUCAUGUUUCACCUCAUGAACCUUAUUCUAUACUAUGGAUUUAUUUAUUUUUCAAAAUAAACACUUAUUUAAACUUGGAUUCUUGCAACGAAAAAUAAUUGUGGGGAGCUAAAGCAGCACCUAUAUGAAUGUUAUAGUCCGGGGCGUGUGUUUUUGUAAACCACAAAAAGAAGGGGGCUAUAAUUCAAAGCAGGCUGUUAUAUUCGAAAUUAAAAAAAAAAAGUUUAUAACUUCGCUGUAGAUGAUAGCUUUAUUUUUCAACUUUAAUUAUCAUUUGGGGUGCAUGAGAAAAUACUAUAGAACAAUGAUUCUCAAAACUGCGGGCUCCAUCUAGUGAUAUGCCCAAGAAUCACUUGAUUAAAUAUUCAAACACAGUGUUACUGUUCAAACUGUAUGUAAUGUUACAGUGGCCAAAAAUAUUUAUUAUACUUUAUAAUUAAAACAGCUGCCUUGUUUUUAAUGAAUAUUUAGGCCUACUACACUACUGUAUUUUAAUGUGGUUCACUAUGGUGUGUUUUCUGAGGUGGUACUUUAAAAACCACUGCUAUAGAAAGUAAAAUGUGGCUCUUUUUUACCACAUGGGCCAGAAUUACUAAAGAUUUGUGUUUAUAAAAGGCCUGCACGUAUAGCUGAUUGACUAAGAUUGUGUGCAGAGGAUUGCGUCUCUUAAAUAAGCAAAAUAGCGAGCGCAAUCCAUUUAGCGUGUCUAUUCUUCAUGUAUAUGCAGAAUAGAUGCUGAUUAUCAGAGCGUCCACAAUACUGGGAAUAGGAGAUGCAAAUAUAUUAUUUGAGCACUCGCAGUGUGAUUCAUCAAAACUCAAACUCCUCUGGGGCCGCUGUUUUGUGUCUAUACUUACCGCUUUUGAAAUGUUUGAUCAAACUGAGACCGUUACGCCCAAAAUGGCUGUGAGAAAUGUCCGUGUGCGUGUCAAAAUAUUUGGACUGUCAUAAAUUAUAAUAGACAUAUUGUCUAUUCAGCGAUGCUAUUUUAUACUGUAAGUGCUGAAUGACAUAACCCAGCAGGCACAAGACAUUAGUAACGUUGAUUAUACAUACAUGUCCUUUAAAACUGACUUUAAAACAACGUUGCAAAAUAGUUGUAUUUGUAAAUUGAGAUAACGUUGAUGUCUAACGUUGGAUCCACGCUGUUGGUUGGGAAAUGACCAAAUUUCAAUGGUCAAUUCAACGUCAUUAAAUAAACGUUGUCAAAAAGUAUGUUGUUUCAAUGUUGUACUUGUGUUGUAGAAUAUUGGUCCAAUGGUCAAAUCUAUGUCAGAACCCAACAUUGAUUAAACAUUGUCAAAAAGCAUGCUGUUACAACGUUUGGUUUGACUUUCUCAAUGUCAGAACCUAAUUCAACAAGUUCUCAACGUUGUUGUAAUGUCUUGUGCGUGCUGGG